AUUACUUUGAUGCCAGUGACUUGGAGUCUUCACUGAAGAACAGAGUGGAGUUUCCAGGAUGCUGGCAGCCCGGACAGGUGCGGCUGGCUCUCAGAUCUCAGAAGAGAAUCCCAAGUUAAGGAAGCAGUCUGUAUUUGCUGUUGGGGGGAAAGACAAAUCUCCCAAGAAAGCCUCUGAAAAUGUCAAGGACGGCAGCCCCAGCGCCUCAGGGCAGAGCCAGCUCAGGGCCCGGCAGCUGGCUCUGCUUCGGGAAGUAGAGAUGAACUGGUACUUGAAGCUCUGUGACCUGUCCACUGAGCAGACGACAGCUUGUGUCACGGGCAUGCCGCACAGGAAUCUUGGGAAAUCAGGCCUCAGAGUUUCUUGCUUGGGUCUUGGAACAUGGGUGACAUUCGGAGGCCAAAUUUCAGAUGAGGUGGCAGAGCGGCUGAUGACGAUUGCCUACGAGAGUGGUGUCAAUCUCUUUGACACUGCUGAGGUCUAUGCUGCUGGAAAGGCCGAGACAAUUCUGGGGAGCAUCAUCAAGAAGAAAGGCUGGAGGAGGUCCAGCCUGGUCAUAACAACCAAACUCUACUGGGGCGGAAAAGCUGAGACGGAAAGAGGGUUAUCAAGAAAGCACAUCAUUGAAGGACUGAAGGGCUCCCUGCAGAGGCUGCAGCUGGACUAUGUGGAUGUGGUCUUCGCAAAUCGGCCUGACGGCAACACGCCCAUGGAAGAAAUUGUUCGAGCCAUGACACAUGUGAUCAACCAAGGCAUGGCCAUGUACUGGGGCACCUCGCGGUGGAGCGCAAUGGAGAUCAUGGAAGCCUACUCGGUGGCCAGGCAGUUCAACAUGAUCCCGCCCGUCUGCGAACAAGCGGAGUACCACCUCUUCCAGAGAGAAAAGGUGGAGGUGCAGCUGCCGGAGCUCUACCACAAAAUAGGGGUUGGGGCGGUAACCUGGUCUCCUCUAGCCUGUGGAAUCAUCUCUGGAAAGUAUGGGAACGGGGUGCCUGAAAGUUCCAGGGCUUCACUGAAGUGCUACCAGUGGUUGAAGGAGAGAAUCGUCAGCGAGGAAGGGCGGAAGCAGCAAAACAAGCUCAAAGACCUUUCCCCCAUUGCGGAGCGUCUGGGGUGCACACUGCCUCAGCUAGCUGUGGCAUGGUGUCUGCGAAAUGAGGGUGUGAGUUCCGUGCUCCUGGGGUCAUCCACUCCUGAGCAACUCAUCGAAAACCUCGGUGCCAUCCAGGUUCUCCCAAAGAUGACAUCACACGUGGUCACCGAGAUUGACAACAUCUUACGCAACAAGCCGUACAGCAAGAAGGACUACCGGUCCUAAGGCCCGUGCC